AUGGAGCAAGUAGCCAAUCCAGCAAAGAAGAAAUGGGAGCUGUCAAGAACCCUUAUUUGGGUUUCCUUUGUUUCCUGCUUCCUGUCUGCACAAUAUGGUUGCAAUGUGUGGAUACUCUACUCCCCUUCUGAGCUCAUGCAAGAUUAUUACAACGUAACCUCUGAAGGAAUGGGUAAUUCUUCUCAGUUGUUCAUCAUUGGUAUCUCCCUUGCUUUAUUUCCUCUCGGUGGCAUAUUUGGCUCACUUGCGGUUGGCUAUUUGGUGGAUAGGUUUGGCAGGAAGGGUGCUUUGAUGAUAACUGAUGUUUUGUCCAUUAUCUCUGCUGUUCUUAUGGGUUGCACGAGUUUGGUAAAAGCAUACAGAUUCAGCAUGUUUGCACGCUUAUAUGUUGGAAUGUGCACAGGAAUAAUCUCCAGUGUUGUCCCUCUAUACCUUGGCGAGAUCUCUCCUAGAAGCGUGAGGGGAGCCGUAAUCAUAUUGUCCCAGUUGCUUUUUACCAUUGGUAUCCUGUUCAUUCAAAUGCUUUCUCUGAAUGAAGUCUGGGGAAACUUAAAAGGUUGGCCAUUUUUGAAGAGCCUUCCUGGGAUUUUGCCUUUGUGUCAGAUACUUCUACUGCCCUUCUUUCCUGAAAGUCCUAGAUAUCUGUUCAUUCAGAGGAAGGAUGAAGAGAGUGCAAGACAAGCCUUGAAGAAGCUGAGAGAGAGGGAUGAUGUGGAGGAUGAGAUUGAAGAGCUCCGUCAGGAGGAUCUUGCUGAGAAGGCAGAAAAAAAGAUGAAUCCACUUAAGCUGCUAAUGACCCAAAGCCUGCGAUUGCAAGUCAGCUCAGUACUUGUUUUGAUGACUGGUGAGCAGCUCACUGGCGCCAAUGUGGCAUACUAUUAUACAGAUAGGAUCUACCAAGCUGCAAAUGUGGAAACUCACAAUGUCCGGCUCAUCAGUAUAGGCUCAAGUGCUUUUCUCACCUUUGCACAGAUGUUAGGGAUGUAUCUUGUUGAUGCUAAGGGACGGAAAGUUGUGCUUCUCAUUGGCUUUGGACUCUGCAGCAUCAUGUGUGUUCUGCUGACUAUGACCCUCGAAAUCCAGGUCACCAUCCCAGAGUUUGUGUAUUUAAGUGCAUUUUUCGUUGAAACUUUCCUCUUUGGACACUCAUUUGGGCCAAAUGCAGUUCCACCUGUAUUAGUAGUAGAGCUGUUCCUGCAAUCAACACGGUCCUCAGCCUUCGUAAUUUCAGGAUUUGUUCAAUGGCUCAUACACUUCCUUAUAGGAGUGACAUUUCUUCAUGUAGAGACAAUUAUUGGAGCCUACAGUUUCCUCAUUUUCUGGCCUAUGACUGUAGCCACCUGUUUAUAUAUCUUCAAAAUUAUCCCAGAAACAAAGAACAGGACUUUUCUGGAUAUCAGGAGACUUAUGGCGAUCAAGAUGGCUGGAAAGAUCCAGGUCAAGCGACAAAUGGGCAAAUAG